CAUCAUCCUAGUAGUAAAACAUUACUAAGGUGAACUUGAGAAAAUGGCCCAUGCUUUUAACAUGCUUAUUUUAUGCUACACCUUCUUCCUCUUACUUGAUCUUUCUCACAAUUUUGCCUUUGCCUUCACUUCUCAAGAUUACUCUAAUGCUCUUGAGAAAUCGAUUCUCUUUUUCGAGGGACAGAGGUCUGGAAAAUUGCCUGCGAAUCAACGCGUUAAGUGGAGGGGGAAUUCUGGCUUGUCCGAUGGUUCCGGUUCCCAUGUUAAUCUAGUAGGAGGAUAUUAUGAUGCAGGGGACAAUGUUAAGUUUGGAUUGCCAAUGGCAUUCACCACAACUCUACUAGCAUGGAGUGUGAUCGAAUUCGGAAGCUCCAUGCACAGCCAACUUGGCCAUGCAAAAGAAGCCAUCCGUUGGAGUACAGAUUAUCUUCUUAAAGCAGCCACAGCCAGCCCAGACACGUUAUACGUGCAAGUAGGAGACCCGAACCAAGAUCACAGGUGUUGGGAGAGACCCGAAGACAUGGACACGCCUCGCAAUGUGUAUAAGGUGUCCCCUCAAAAUCCUGGUUCUGAUGUUGCUGCUGAGACUGCUGCUGCAUUGGCUGCUGCCUCUAUUGUGUUCAAAGAUUCUGACCCUUCUUAUUCCUCUACAUUACUCCAUACUGCACAAAAGGUGUUUGCUUUUGCUGACAAGUAUAGAGGUUCCUAUAGUGACAGCCUCAGCUCAGUAGUCUGCCCAUUUUACUGCUCUUAUUCUGGAUACAAUGAUGAACUUCUGUGGGGAGCAUCAUGGCUUCAUAGAGCUUCACAAGACACUUCUUAUCUUUCUUAUAUCCAAUCAAAUGGUCAAACUAUGGGUGCUAAUGAUGAUGACUACUCCUUCAGUUGGGAUGACAAGAGACCUGGAACAAAAAUUGUUCUCUCAAAGGACUUUUUGGAGAAAAGUACUCAAGAAUUCCAAGCAUACAAAGUUCACUCAGACAAUUAUAUCUGCUCUCUAAUUCCAGGCUCACCUAGCUUUCAAGCUCAGUAUACCCCAGGGGGGCUUCUAUUCAAAGGAAGUGAAAGUAAUCUCCAAUACGUGACAUCGUCAUCGUUUCUCCUAUUAACCUACGCCAAAUACUUGAGGUCAAAUGGAGGAGUUGUGUCAUGUGGGAGUUCAAGAUUUCCUGCAAACAAGCUCGUCGAGCUUGCAAGAAAACAAGUGGACUACAUAUUAGGAGAUAAUCCAGCAAAAAUAUCGUACAUGGUUGGUUUCGGACAAAAGUAUCCUCUUCGUGUGCACCAUAGAGGUUCAUCUCUACCAUCAGUGCGUACACAUCCUGGUCACAUUGGCUGCAAUGAUGGGUUCCAAUCAUUGUACUCGGGCUCGCCUAAUCCAAACGUUCUUGUUGGAGCCAUUGUGGGUGGUCCUGACAGUAGAGAUAACUUUGAAGAUGACAGGAACAAUUAUCAGCAAUCAGAACCCGCCACUUACAUUAAUGCACCGCUGGUUGGGGCACUUGCUUUCUUAUCUGCAGAAUCUACAGCAGUCUAGAUUAAUUAGUAGUGGAUAACAUAUCUGGUUGAUGGGAGUUCAGCCUACCUCUAUUAACUAAGUCUAGUAGUCAGAGGAAGUGGAUCAGAUAAUCUGUAUGAUCCCUCUAGACAAUUGUAACAUGAAAGUUGCACUAGAUAUUCCAAUUUAUGUGUUUAUUUUUCCUUUUAUGCAUUCAGCAUGUAAACAAGAGAUGUAAAGAGGAAUUCUUGGUUCCUCUAGGAGACUUAAGUCCCUUGAAAUGCUUGAAAUGAAUGUUCAGACAUUUUAGUAAAA